UCCCAGGUCGUACGUUCCUGCGUACAACUGAUCAAUCAUGGCUGUGUCGUCAUCUAUGUUGAUUGGGUUAGAGGGAGAGCCAGUCUCAGGCCUGUGCAUUGCGCCAGGCGGACUGUCUUUCUGUCCCUUCGACAUACGAGACUGCUGUUUCGAUGGAGUUCUGGCGGCGGGGAUCUGGAGUAUCACCUCUUGCCGGCCGCGUCGGGCUCCUCGUCGGUUCGUCAGGCGACGGGUUUGGGCGUUUGGCACUGGUCGAGGUGGAUAUGAUGGGGGAGAUGGUGGUUUUGGGUUCGACCC